CGCGCGAGCGAGCGAACGUGCGAGCGAAACUCGACGUUCGACGUUUCAGCGUUUUCGGGCACAGAUUCAACAAUUUUUCCAGCAAGCCGUGCAGCGCACACAGUGCAGCCAUUACAUCGUCCCGGGACGGGGGUGUGUUUUACCCUACGCUCUAGCUGCGGGUUCACUCUGCCGUUUCACCGUUUUUUCAGCCCCCCCCCCCCACUCCCUAUAAAGAGGGGGAACGUUGGUAGUGCAGUUUACUGGUUUCAGUUUCCUUCUCCAUUCCAUCAUGUAACCGUGCUUCUGUUUUCGCGUGUCCACACACUCAUUUCGAACUCUUCGUCAUCCCCGUUAUCUACGCAUACGCUAAACCAUGGCGAACGCUUCGUCCACCAAUCCCAUCGACGAGGGCCUGCAGGACCUGGGCGUCCCGGUGCCGGUGCAGACGUUCCUGUGGCAACAGAUAGCGCCCUUCAUCCGGCCGAAGCUGGGCAAACUGCACGAGGCUAGCUGCAUGUUCUGUCAACACGCACCAGGACACCAUGAGCUGAAGGAAGCGUGCAAGUCUUUCGAGAAAGUGCUUGUGCAGAACAUUCAGUUCGGACUGUCGCCCUCACUAACGUCCGCGCUGGAGUCGAUCCCAAGAUGGCGCAUCGUGCAGGCUGCCUUACCGCACGUCAUACACUGUGCCGGGGCGCUGAUGCACAAUCGUGUGAAAGAUCUCCAGGCGCUUGGGUCGGCGGAAACCAAAAUACUCUACACGCUGCACUGGAUACUGCUGUUUGCCGCCGAGGAGUGUGCCGAUGCCGAUACGGACAAGGAUAACACGACGAACAAUUACCUCUUCUCGAUACCAACCAUAUCGCUGUUCGUCUUUCUGUUCGCUCCCAUCGCACACAUGCUGAAGGAGUCCGAUUUCCAAAACUUUCGUCUCGAGAACGGGUUGAAGAUGUGGCAGGGUAUGUGGGAGUAUCGGGCCCCGAAUGCGCCCUGCUUUACCGCACCGGUCAAACCGAAGGCACGCAAUCUGCUGAGCUCCGUCAGCACCACUCCAUCGCCGGAGGUGUUCUCGCCCAAGAAAAUGGAAAACAUUGAAUCUCCGCCGAGCAUCUACUCCGGCAUCAUCAAGCACGACGACGAGCUGUCGUUUGUGUCGUCGCCGAAGGAUUCCGUCUUUCCGGAAACCAUCCCGGAGGAGGCGUCCAGUGUUGAGGAGGAGCGUGUCGUCAUAUUUCGCCUGCCGAUGGAUGGUGGCGUACCAGAUCCGUCGUACUAUACGGCCGACGCUAGUCUGCUGCAUCAUGGUGCCAAGUUUAACAAACCCGCACACCAAACGCCGACCAGCAGUGGGAUCGGCUCGAGGACGCAUCCACUAUACCAACCGGAUCAUCGCGCAGAACCUACCAGCUUUGAUUUCGACAGGAUCGACACGUACAGUCAAAAGGACUCUAAGCCAAAGACCAGCUCCUCGACGGAGCGUGAGUCCUUCGACACGGAUCCCAAGCUGUCCCAAGGUCACAAGUGUGAUGUGGUCGCUGCCACCUUUCUCGACGUUGCCGUACUGCGUUGUCUGUUCAUCUCACACUGGCAGGAGGAAGGUGUCUACUGGAGUCUACACUAUCUCUACAAUCGCUUGCGCGACAUAAGCGAAGAAACUUCAGCCCUUCCAUCGCACCCGAGACGACGCUCCAACUCGUUGCCCAUACCGCAGAUUGAGAUAUCGCUCUAUCAAGGUCCUACCAGCAGCCGCGACAGUCCCAGCAUCGGGUCGGCCAACAAGGACUACAUCGAGAUACCGGACCCACCCAUCCCUGCCCUGCUGGCCGAUGCACCGUACUACGUUUCGAAACUGCCCUCGGAUGAGUCCUCUCUGGGGCCGUUGAGCGAACGGAAGGGUAGCGAGAAGAAGCGCCGUGUCAAGAUGGCCGACCUUCGGACACUGAUCGAGACGCGCAUCCUGUCCAAGUCGGACCGGGGGCUGGAAAAGAUUGGCCUCGAUGCUAACACUAACGGAAAGAGGCUACAGCAGAUGGAGUGCCACCGUAGCUUGGACACGGGCGAGCGACAGCUAUCCCGCUCAGCGUCAAUGAUAUCGCGGGCUCCAUCAACGAACCUGGUGAAGGGCAAAAGUAUGCCUAGCUUAAGCUGUCUCAUUGAUAGCGGAUGCCAUCGAAACAUCGAACCACCGCCGAAGGUUAUACGCAACGUCCAGUCAACUGUGCCGUCGAGACAAUCGAGCACAACGCCCAAGUAUCCGAUCAUUACCGUCACAGAGCAUACGCCGACACCGUCACCGGACUACAUGAAGCGUCAGGGUUCCAUCGAUUCUCAGCUAGAUGCAUUGAGUGCUGGUGGUAGUACUGGGAUGUUCAAGUCGCAGAUGUUACGCUCCCAUACAGACUCUCACAUCGGUUACACUUGCAUCUCGGAUGAAACGGAAGCACCCGGGUCGUGUUUCUACAUCACCAAGGAAGGUACGAUUGACUACGAGGUUGUCCUGCUUGCCGUACACUGCGUGUUCAAGCGUGACUCGAGCGUCUGCACUCUGCGCGUCCUGGAAGCGGGCCUGAACAUUUGCGAGAUCUUGCUAGAUUUGGGCGUGCUGAAGUUUGGCGAUCAUGCACACUCGCUUGCGAUCGGUAUCGUGAAGCGUGCCUUCAUGCAUCUGGGCUGUCCGCAUGGGUGUAACGAUGCCAACCGUGGCCCACCGGCCGAAGUGUUGCGAACCACCUGCAACUCGAUCCUCUCGCGGCUGCUGCGCCAGAAUGGCAAAAUUCUGAAAGCGAAUCUGCGCGCCUUCAUCAAGGAGUCGCCGAUGCACGAAAUCACCGACUUCUUCCACGCGUAUCUGGGCUUUUGCGUGGAUCCCAGCUCGCUGCUGUCACCGUUGAACCAUAAGAGAUCAUCUGGCAUAAAAUCGUUCAACGCUGACUUUGGCGGUAUAUCAGGCGGCCAGGGCGGGUACGCGACCAACUUCGGCAGCGGGCUGACCGGCGGCACCGAGAGCCAGCUGAUCGGGGCCAUCUUCAAGACGCUCGCCACCCGGCUGGUGCAGUCGCUCAAGGAGCUCAAGUCCCAGGACAACCUUUCGCUCUACUGCGACGUUCGGCAGCUGAUCACGUACGUCAAGGGAGCUCACGGCGGUCCGUUCCGCGUGGUAGCGCUGAGCGGCAUCUUGGCUGUAACUCCCCGUCCGCACAAGCAAGCGCCUAACAUGCAGACGACGCGGGUGAUACGUCACCUGCCGACCAACGACAUCCAGCUGAUACAGCAGGAUGAGAAGGCGCAGCGCAAGCUGCUGUUCAAGAAGAAGAGCACCUCCUCGACGUGUGUCAUCGUUCCUUUCCUGUUGCAGCUGUUAGAGACGGAAGGGUUUGAGGAGCCGAGCCGGGCCAGCCAGAGCCCGUUAAGCAAUCUGCGCCGUAAGGGGCCGCAAGUGCGGCCCACCCUUACCCCUCGCCACAGCGAGCGGGCUUUACUUUCUGACUCUACUUCCAGCUCAGAGCGCAACUCGGUCGGCCGGCUGACGGGGAUCGUGCGAUGGUUCCGCCGCUCGAAGGACCGCGAGUCCGUGGACCUGGAGUCGGGCAUACUGGCAGCGAGCGGGUCGGACUCGAUGGCAAACUUCAUGCGCAAGGGUUCACUUAACUUUCAGACGCGCAACCGGGCGACGGAGGGCAUCGGGCGGUCGAUACAGAAGGCAAAGCGACGGCUCAACCGGUUGGGGCUCGGCAAGGGCAAGAAGAAAACGGGCGGCACCGAGGAUGUUGGCGGUAGUUAUUUUAGCAGAAGAAGUUCGCUUGACGUCAGUGAUGGACCACGCGAGUCGGAGGUGGUGGUGCUGAAGGAGCGUCGUCUCAUUCCGAUAACACCGGUACGGGAAGGAAUGGCUCGGUUUGCAUUGCUGCUGGAAGUGUGCGCUCCUGGUUCCGUUCCCGAUCCUGCACUGAUCACUGCACUUCUUGAUCUGCCUCAAGCUCCGAUCGUUGCCCGAGCGGCAUUCCUGAUCGAGUGUGCCCACUUUGUGCAUCUGUGCAAUCGGGGCCAGUGGCCGUCGUGGAUGAAGCAAAACCUACCAACCUUUCGUCCUUCGGGGCCGGCAAUGGGCCCCAGAACGGCAAUGGCAGCCGGGACGCGUCGUGCACACGUGCUGCAACGGUCAGCCGGCAAAAUGUUCCACCAGUGGGGUGAAGCAUUGGGCGCUCGGCUGAACGAGAUGGUCAACAACGAUAAGCUAACCUCGGAGCAGAUGGCGGCCACUUUAUCCGAUCCCGAAAAGCAGAAGCAGCUGCUGCAGCAGGAUGAAGAGGAAGACUUUCUUGAUGAGACAAGUGUUAAUCCCCACGGAAAUGAUUGUCCACCGGCACUGAAACUGAUUGCCUGUGUGCUGUUGCUCGAGAUCACUGCGUUCUUGAGGGAAACAUACCAAACGCUGCCGAAAGCAUCGCGACUGUCCACCAAAGAGAAGCACACACCGUGGGAUAAAGUGUGCCGUGGAGAAACCAAUCGCCGUUGGUCUAUGGCACUCAGCUCGAUGGGCGGCCAUUCGCAGACGUCUGCUCAGAGCCUGCAGUCGAUAGCGGGCCAGACGGAGCGUAAGAUCUCCUUCGUACUGCAGGAACCGGACAACGAGUCCGAGAACAGUAGCAACACCACACUUACCAUUCAGGGCGAGGAAAAUGUUCAGCAAGGUCAGAAGCGUACGUUGGCUACAUCGAGAAACUUUCUGUUGCGCCGUGGAACUUCCGCUACACCGGCCGGUGGUUCGUUCAAGCGACGCUCGCUGAAGCUACGCCGCGGUGCCAAAGAUCUGAAGGAAGUGGAGAAUGAAUACCCGGUAAGACGUACUGACUCCAUACAAUCGAAACGCAAGGUGUCUUCACUCUCCGACAGAAGCGACAACUCCGAACCGGGACAAAUCAGUGGUGGAGAAGAGUCGCCAGGCAUUCUGAGUGACGAUCAACCGCCGGAGUCUCCAUGCGAUUCAAACGAUUCGGAUGAAACGACCAAGAACUUGCCGUGGCUAAAGUCGGUGUCGAACUUCCUCGGCUCGUUCAACUAUUACUGCGACCAUCAGAACUUUUGCCACCCGUACUGCUACCGACGGCAUAUGCGUGCUGCAACCAAGCUGAUCCGAGCAAUUCGCAAGAUCUAUGGCGACGAGUUUGGUGUCACACCGGUUACCUACGCCCAGCCAAGCGAGUCCGCCAAGGGAACAACACGUCGCGAACGGUCCAAGCAGGGCCGCAAAGUGUCGGACCAAAGUUCGUCCCAAACUUCACCCUCCAAGCGCAAGGACAGCGUAACGAAGCGUGAUAGAAUCAUACUGCAAGACGAGUCCGAACCAAACACCUCCCAGUACUCCACGUUCAUCCACGAGCCGAAACAUCACCAGGAGGAUCCACCGGUGCUGAAGUACAUCAAAAAUCAGGUUCGGGAUGUUUUUCACGCUCCCAUCGCUUCGCUCGUCAAGGGUGCGGCCGUGCUGACCGAGGAACAGUUCGUGGAGGUCAUUCCGAUUGCCUGGGAGCUGCUGCUCGAAACCGAUCAGGAAGUGUCGGCAGCUUCCGCCGCCCUCUUCAUACUGGCCUCGGUGAAGGCGCCCAACACUGCCACCGACAUUAUGCAGCGAUCGCUCAAGAACAAGUGUCCCAACACUCGCAUUCAGGCGAUUCUGCGCUACCAGGUGCUGUGGAAGAACCGCUUCCAGGUGUGGCCACGUAUGGAGGAGGGCGCACACCUCUCAUUCAAGGUGCCACCGCCCGGUAUCGAGUUUACGCUGCCGUCACCUAAGAUCGGCAUCGAAAGUCUGCCCGUUGUUGAUCCGCCCUGGAUGCCUCGUCAGCAGAACAAGGACAUGGAGGUUACACUGAACCAGGAGCGGCACCGUUCGUUGGUAACAGCGACCAAAACGCGCAAGAAGCAGCAAACGGAAGCAAUACGCCACGCUAUGCUGCAGCAGGAGGACAAGCAACGCUCGGAGCGUCAAAGUUUCUUGAUCACCACGAUUCCCAUCACGCAGCAGGCUGCGCACGAGCCGGGUCUCGAUCAUGGUCCAGCGGAAGAUCACGUCGAGGAGGAAGAGGACGGUACCCGUUCGGCCAUUCACAUGCACGCGGCCCAUUCUCUCUUCCCCUCCUGUCUGUGUUCGUCCGUGAUGCAGAUCGUGGCCUGCUUGGAUGAUGCUGCAGUCAACUCGGACGGUUGCGCCGUGUACGAGGUGGCGUACCAGGUCAUCUGGAUCUGUUUGGUAGAGGAUUCGGCGCUGUUUCUGCGCUACGUGCUCGAGCGGUUGACGCGCGAUCAUCAGGAUCAGAUGUUUAAGCUGCUGCGGCACCUGAUACGGUUCGUGCCGCGCUUGCCCCAGCAGGCAGCGUUCGCCCUGUAUAACUACAUCAUCGGGUACGUGAUGUUUUACGUACGCUCGACGCAUGAAUGCAGCCAGCAGCUGGUAGGAUCUGCAUUGUCGGUGCUGUGGAUGGUCGUGCACAGUGUGCACGGCAUUAUGUUUAAGGAUUUGAAGCAGAUCCUGCGCAAAGAGCAGUGUGAUGCAUCGAUCCUGCUGACAGCCAACGUUCCUUCGGCGAAGAAAAUCAUCGUACAUGGACCAGAAGAUGAGGGCGGCAUACCGUCCCAGUUCCCGGUGCAGGAAGACACGCAGUUCUCGCAGCUGCUCAGCGAGUCGCUCGAUUUCUUCGGCAUCGACGAGAAAAAGCACGCCCAGCACGUGCUGGUCGACUACAAGAGCCACCAGAUACUGAACCCCAACUGGUACGUGCGCGAUUUGUACUUCUUCAAGCGCUCCCAGUACCCCCAGCUGCGGCUGGUGGAGAUGAAACCGGAGGAGUCGUUCAAUGCGCUCCAGCGCCAGGAGCUGUGCAAGAAGUUUGUCGAGAUCGGUAAGGUCCACCUGACCUGGGCCAUCCUGAAGAACGUGGACAUGGUCGUCCAGCGGGUCGUGUUCCUGCACGAAGAGCUCAUGAAGCUGCCCUCCUUUCCGCGCAAAGCGCUGGAGGUGGAUCUCGAUCUGCACCAGGGCGGCGAGCUGGGCAAGGAGCUGCUCGGGCUGGACGUGCUGCACAAGUUCAUGUGGGUACGGUUGAUAGCGCGCAUGUUCGAAGCGAUGGCCGGCAACUUUGCCUACUCCGCCGACAUUCAGCUCUUCCUGAACGUGCUGUCCGGGGCGGCAUUGCUCCACUCGGAAGACUCGUGCAUCAUGCGCUACGUGACGGCCACGUUCAUUAACGCGGCGUCCAACUUUAAGAACAUUUUCUCCACCAACGGAUACUUCAUGAUCAUGCCGGCGAUGCUGCAGGUGUACUCGCUGCACCAAACGAACAAGCUGGUCACCACCACGAUCGAGUAUGCGGUGAAGCAGUUCUAUCUGCUCAACCGGAAGCCUUUUAUACUGCAAAUGUUCGGCUCGGUGUCGGCCAUUCUCGAUACGGAUGAGAAUGGGACGUACGGCGAGGCGCACAAGGUGCAGUCGAGCUGUUUGUUCAAUUUGCUGCUCAGUCUGGAGACGCCAUCGCCGGAUCCACUGAACAUAGCGGAGUUGGUGAAAGAGCCGAAACCACUGAAAGCGAUCGAUUUUUGCUACCACGAUGAGGACGAGAUGGUGACGGUGCUGGAUUGCAUUACGCUUUGCGUGAUGGUUGUUUCAUAUUCGGCGGAGAGUACCCGGGGAUAUCAGAUGCUGAUCAUUUUGGAAGCCAUUUUGCCAUGCUACAUGCAGCAGAUCCAAUCCUCGUCCUACAUCCCGCUGGAGGGAAAGUGCGAACGGGAUAUCAUACUGCAGCUGGCCGUAACGAUUCGCACCAUGGUGCACAACUGUGAAGGUUUGUCCAAGAGCUACAAUGGACCGUUCCGUAACAGCCCGGAGCAUAAAGGAUCCAGCCAGCGCAACUGUUCCCGCGGUCCGCCCUGCUCGCCAGGGCUCGAUUAUGACGACGAGUCACACGCCAAGUACGUCAGCGACAUAGGCCGCUCGAAGAUGCUGAACGAAUCGGUCGAUGAUUCGGAAACGAUCCGCGAAUACCGCCGUCCGCGCGAUGUGCUGCUCUCGGUGGUUGGGGAGUUUAUCAUCCAGGCCUCGACCCGGCUAGCCGAGCUGGCGCGCAAGCAGGGCGAACCGAAACCGAUGGAACUGCUCGACGUCAAGUGUCACGUCCGGCUGGCAGAGAUUGCCCACUCCCUGCUGAAAGUGUCCCCGUACGACCGUGAGUCGAUGGCCUGCCGGGGCCUGCAGCGGUACAUGCAGUGCAUCUUCCCGCGUGCCGAGUGGGCCGACGAUCACGGCAUGAAGCCGACGCUCGUAACCAUCCUGCGCCGGCUCGACAAGGUGUUUCUGAAGAUCUCGAAAAAGUCGUCUGUCCGGCGGAACACCAACUGGGAGGCAGCGGCCGGUUUGUUGAAGGGCGUAUCGGAAGCCAUCAUCCGCUACCCGCACAUACUGCACUGGCGCGAAAUGAAGGCCCUGCUCACGAACGUGCAGAACCUGAUCGUGAACGAGCCGGGCAACUUCCCGGAAGGUGUGUCCGGUGCGGGUGCCGCCCUGAUGUCCAAAAGUCCGCCCGCCUUUUUCUGCUCCAACGUGGUGCGGCUGGUCGCGCUGCAGGUGGUCAGCCCGAUCGAUUCCAUCUCCCACGGGUUGGAGCAAAUCUGUGGCGGAAGUGCCGAUUUCCCGUCGCAGGAGAAGGCGGAAAACUUCCUGAUGCAUCUGCUGAUGCCGCUCUGUCUGAAGGUGUGCAGUGGGCGCGGUAUCUUUGACGUGGGAGAGCUGAAACAGUCGGACAUUUCGUUCCUCGUGACGGCUGUGCUGAACGCCAUGAGCCCCGUCGCUGGACGAACCACGCAGAUGGGCAUGCAGACAAACCGUACCGGGGCGGACUUGCGGGCCGGUUCCUUAACGUUCACUGGCAGCAGAGAUGCGAAGCGACCGUCGAAGAUCUCCAGCUCCCUGUAUCAGGCCACAUUUUUGGCGCUGCGUGUACUUUGCAUCUGCUUCGAGACGCGACUGUCCAACGAGUGGCCACGGAUUGCGCGGGUAAUGCGCGAUCUGGGCCGCCGGAAUGAGGCUGCGCCGGAGCUGUGGAGUUUCCUGGAGUUUGUCGUCACGCAGCGCACUCCGCUGUACAUCGUGCUGAUGCCGUUCAUUAUGCAUAAGAUCUCACAACCACCGAUUGGAGAUCACGAGCGGCACAUGCAGUUCCUGAUACGUGAGCGAAUGCGCGGCACUCAACCCAUCGGAGGGACUAAGUCACGCGGUGCCAUCCUGCUGGAACUGUCGCGGGAGUUGCGUGAGCUCCGGGAAGAGCUUGAAGCAAGACGAUAUGAUCGCGACAUGUCCACGGAAACGUCCAAGCGAGACAUUCCCAAUAUCCCACCGGCACCCGAGCAACAGCCCGUACGUCAUCAGCAGCGCCCAUCGCUGAUAUCGAUGCUGACCGGUGUCCAGCCGCCGGGCGGAUUCCCCGGCUCGCUGCAGCAGCAACAGCAACAGCAAGAUGCCCGCAGCAGCACCGGUAUCUGCACCUCCAGCGACACCCUGUCCCAGCAGACACUCCAAGCGCCGAAGGGUGAGUCUCUGUCCAGCUCCACCACAACCACUACCAACAACCGGGACGGCGGUCUGAUUGCUGACUCGCAAAGUGCCGACCUGACGCUAACCUCCUGCACGCUGGCCGACGCAGGCUCGGUCGAUCUGCAACCGCCGGCAACGCCAGUAGGUCGCGAAGGUUCCGGCAUCGGUGGUAGCAUUCCCCACCUAUCCCACUCCGUCUCGCUGCAAGCGUCCGUCAAAACGCAACCACCCCGACUGCGCUUCGUCUCCUCGGUCGAGUUUAAAACGUCGUCUGGGGAAACGUCCACCACGCCCCUGUCCCCCGACAGCCUGGCGGACGACAGUUCGGGCGAAAACCACAACAAGCACCGGCUGCAACGGUCACGAGCCCAGAGCCGCAAAACGUUCCGCAAUCGGCGUGGCAUGCGGUCGAACAACUUCAGCGAACCGAGCUACGCCAUUCCCACCGUUGCCGGUGGCGCUGGGCUGGCGAUGGUUGGCGCCGGUGGUUCAACGGCGCCGGGGGCGGGAGGAGUGCCAGGAGUUGCUGUUGUGCCAGGAUCGGGCCUACCGGCCGCCGCUGCCAGUGGUGGUGCCCCUUCGGCAAUGCCACCGAUCGUUAAUGAGCCGCCGUACGUGGAGCCACUGAACCGUGCGAUCGCCACGCUGGGCGAUCUGAGCUGGGAUUCGGUAUCGCAAACGUCUUCCACGUCCGGCUACCGGGACAAUUACAGCCUGCAGACGGGGCUGCUCUCGCCGGACGGUUCCCUUUCCGGCAAUGCGAUGGGAGGUCGCUCCUCGUCCCAGCAUUCGCUGCUGAUGCUGUUCGAAACACAGGACGAAGAUACACUGAUUUAAGUGAUUCGUCAACCCCAUUUUGAGCCCACCACAAAAGUACGAGGGAUGUGGACCCUGUCAUUUGAUGUGGACAGCCCAAUUGUUUUGGUUUUACUAUGGGCACUCUUUCACUCUCUACUUAACGAUCGAUAUCUUCGGAAUUUUAUCCAGCCAAGCAGAGGAGUAAGUGGCGACACACCGAAUAGUGGACAGAGAUUGAUUGAUGAACACACAAGCGUUAACAAAGUGAAACGAAUAACUUUUUAAUAAUCAAUGCACUUACAGACUCCACCAAUACUACUACUUACAACACGACACAUUUUGUGCGACGAAAGUGUACGUCCAAAUAGGGUUAGUAGCGGUAGGCGUCUGUCCACUUAGAACAACGCCACACCGUUCAAUGACACGACGUUAACGUUUUUUGUAGUUUUGGGAGAAAAGCGUUGUUUGUUUGAAGAAUUUGGACACACUGGAACACUGGAUUUUUGUGGUGUAGGAAAUGUUAGUAAAAGUAGGAAAAAGAGAACAAAUGUGUGUGCGUGCGUUUGUGUAAAAGCGUCGUUGUUUAGUGUAUGGAUGUCGCCGGAAGUAUUGUAUUCAGUAUUAAAAACGCCUGACUAAGUGGUUAGUGUAGUGUAACGAAAAACAUAUUUCAUGUUGAUAGCCAGAUGUUUAGAGAAGUGUUACACACACACACACACAGUAGUACACACUCAAUCAGUAUUUUAAACAACUGCAAAAUGCGAAAACGAACGAUAACCGACAUGAUAAAAUAGCAAAAAAAGAACCUUGUCCACCAUCGCGCCAUUUGGCGCGACUAUAGAGCGAAUGAGGAACGAACGAAGGUUUUACUUAGUUACAUUUUAGAACCGGUGCUGGAUUUCCGCCGGGUUUUUAUAGGGACGAGCGAGGGUUAGAUUUUAACGAAACUAACAACACACAUAACCAAUAGUAACGGAAAUAGAUAGAGCCAAUGGUACUUCCCUCCGUUUGCCAUCAUACCAUAACAUCCCACCCGAUAGAGCAUCGAUGGAGCAUUGAGUGGUGUACGGAGGCCAGUACACAGGAGGGUUUUUUUAGUACACACUCGACUCGCCGGCUGAAGAUGUUGUUCCGAUGAUAAGAUUGAAACACCUCCGAUGUAACAACAAGUUUGAUAGGUUUGUUUUUUCGUGCGUUAUUUUGUACAAGGUACGAGAUUUAUACAUAUACAAAUCUUAGGGUGGGUGUGUUAUACUUAGAGUUGAUGUUGGUGAGCACGUGUUAGCCGCUAUCUGUUGUCCGUUAAUUGUGGUUGGUAGUAAUGAAGUCUUUGGUGGUUGUUGGUUUGUUUGUUUUUACAGUAGAUAGUAGCAGUUUUUUGUGGAGUGAGUUAGUGACAACCGGAAGAAAGGCAAUAGAUAAACCGAACCAAAAACAAUCAAUUCAGCAGGAACACUUGAAACAAUGAGAGAGAGAGAGAGAGAGAGAUAAAUAGCGGACAUCACUGGAGAGUUUUGACUAAAUAUUGGUUUGAUAAGUAUUUUUCCUCAAUGUUACAAACAAAUGUUUAGAAAUUACUGUUAAUUGUUACGCAUACGCUGUUGUUGAUUUGAACCGUGUGUCUCGGUUUCCGUCCAAAACGGGAAAACCUUGUUUUCUCUGUGGAUGAUUUAUUACCAUUCUUUUUUUUUGGCUAGGUCCAAACUCUCCCGCGCUCGCUCCAGUUGAUGUGUUGUUGCAUUGAAAAUAGAGCGUUUUAAUAGAACAGAAAAAAAACAAAUCCAUCUAAACGACUUUUCAAACUGCACCAGACGGCACCAGUUUUUAGUCCAAAACAAGAAAUAAAAGGAAAUCAUACAUCGAUUAGCAGCUAGCUAGCUACUACACCCAGCCACCGGAAUAGAACAGAAGCAAAUAGUUAACUUUGUGGGUAGAAUAAUGGGGAAAUGAUUUUCGUGUUGUUUUUUUUAUAUAUAUUACUAUAUAUACCAAAUGGACAAGUGUUACACAUUAUAUGAUUACCGUGUUUUAAAAUGCCAUGAUGGAGGAAGAUGUGUUUUAGAUGUGCCAUAACCAAAAGAAUUGUAUUAUUAGCGCUGUUGAUGAAAAGUAAAAACAAACUAUCAACUUUGGAAAGGAUUGUCACAGACCGACUCUAUGAUGAUACCAUAUUUAAAAAACAUAGAAACAUAUUUGCGCAUUUUAAUGCUAAAGCCGCCAAAAGGGCAGCUGCAUUCAGCACACAGCCCAUGCAGCACUUUUGUCUAGCAAAAACAACCAAUAUAAACACCGCCUAUCCUGUGUGUAACUUGUUGCCGUUGAUGUGUCGUUGAUUAAUAGAUAGAUAGUGUUGAGAUAGGGCUAGGGCUAGGGUUCGUGGAGGGUAGACAGAGUGGGUGUUUCACCCCUCCCUCCAUUCGCACUAGAGAGUGAACGCCAGCCAACCAGCCAGCACCCUAGGCAAAAGGAGAUAGUCUGAUGUGAAUGUGAUAGUUGCAUUGUGUGUUUUGUUUUUCGGUUUUGUGUGGCUUUUUAAUAUCGUCGAUCGUAAGUGGCGCAAAAGGCCCCCUGGAAAAAUGGGGAACACACCGCACACACACAUAUUUAAACAAAUAAAUUGCCAAUUUAGCUUAGUGAA